CGCAGGACUGUCUCCGACAGAAAUUCAAGUCAGUCUGCGGUGAAGACACCGCCAGUUAUUGGGACGACUCCUGGAACGAACUCGUGGAGGAGAAUAUGCAGUUUGCUUGCUCAAACUUUGAUAAUCUGGCCAAAUGUGAGUCAGGUAUGGAUGCGGGCGUCUGGAAGAUCAUCAAAGACGUCGCGGCCACCGAUGACGCCACCGCUUUGGCCGCCAGACAUAAGUUCAAGUCUGAGAUCACAACAGCCGUUGAAUUAAUGGACCUCUUUGAAUGAAUCACUAAUUAUACUGGAUUACUUUAUUACCUCUUUUGUAAUGAAACUAUUCAUUGUAUUCAAUUUCCUGCAGUAUAUCAAUUAAUCUACUGUAAUCACAAGUUUAAUUAUUUUCAGGGUA